CCAACGGCAACUUCGUCGUUUGACGGUCUGGUGGCUUGAAAGAGUCCGAGGUCUCUGCCAAGUCAUCGAUGAUGCCCGUGAUGGAGCAUAGGAGUGGGAGGGGCCGACGUAAACAAAGAACAGCGGCGAUCGAUACGAUACGUAGCUAUUGCGCUCGCCGGAGCGGGAAGCGUUUGAGGUGACGGCCUGCAACUCUGGCACAUGGGCUUGUCGCCCUAUUUGCAUACUUGACAGGAUGUUUCCCCGUCGUUUUGGCGAUUUACUUUGCUGUUGACAACUUUGCCUCGUCUUCUUUCGGCUUUAAUAUCUCGGUUCUCUUCCAUUUCUCCUCUAAAGCCUUCUGCUAGGCCCAACCUUGCCCUCACUCCUUGUUACAGGAGAUCAGGUCAGGGCGACGUGUUUCACAACUCUCUAUAACGCCUCUCUCUCGUCUUUUCUCUCGAGGUCGAUAACCUCUCAGCAUCACAACCAUGUUGGUCAACGGCGAUUCCCACCAACCCAGUGGCGGUCACUCUACUCCUUUGGUCCACGACCAUCCCCGACCUCUCAAAAUUGCCAUUGUCGGCGCAGGCAUCGGAGGUCUGAGUGCUGCUAUCGCGUUACGUCGACAUGGCCACCACGUAGAUCUCUACGAGCAGUCGAGGCUCGCAAACGAGACCGGCGCCGCUGUGCACCUGGCACCCAACGCCAACGGUCUUCUGAGGAGAUGGGGCAUCUACGCCGAGGCCUUUGGCGCCAACCCCUUACACCAUUUCAAGGAGAGGAACCUACGCAACCAGGGCGGCUUUGACGUCGACGUCAGAAAGUCCCAGGGCCAGUGGCAGCACCCGUGGCAGCUAGUCCACCGCGCCUACCUGCACUCCGAAAUCCGGAAGGUUGCCACGGGCGAGGACGACGGCGUCAGCCCCCCAGCCAAGGUCCACGUUGGGUCCAAGGUUGUUGGUGCCAAUCCUGAAAAGGGCGAGUUGCAUCUAGAGGAUGGCACAACUGUGCAAGCAGACGUCAUUCUCGGUGCCGACGGCAUUUACUCCAAGGUCAGGAGGCUCAUCACUGGCAACGACCAAAAGCUGCUGCGCUCGGGCAAGGCGGCGUUUCGCUUCCUCAUCCCGCGCGCAGCGGCUCUGAAGGAUCCUGUCACCGCCCCCCUGGUCGACAAGGAGAACUCUCUCGGCAUAUGGUUCGACACGGACAGGCGUAUCGUCGUCUACCCUUGCAACAACAACCAGUUUUUGAACUUUGUGUGCAUUCACCCCGAUACCGAGUCGCAUGCAACCGCAACAGACGAAUGGAACAAGAAGGGUUCCAUUGAACAGCUUUUGAAGGUGUAUCAGGAAUUCGAUCCUGCAGUCUUGCAGUUGAUCAAAAAGGUCCACCCCGACGAGGUCAAUGUUUGGCAGUUGUUGGACAUGGACGCCAUGCCGAAGUGGGUGAACGGCAAGCUGGCUUUACUCGGCGAUGCUGCCCACCCAUUCACACCUCAUCAAGGACAGGGAGCAGGUCAGGCGAUGGAAGACGCCGCGGCGUUGGCAAUCGUCCUGCCCAAGGGGACGUCUCCGGAGGACGUCACGGAACGGCUCCAACUUUACGAGAAGAUCCGCAUGGAGCGCGCACACACAAUCCAGGAGUUCUCUCGCCAGGCUGGCAAGGAUAGAAUACCUGGACAGCCACCCGCAAUUCAGAUGAUGAACUACACAAAUUACAACUUCGGCCACGAUGAACACGAUCACGCAACCAAGAUUUUCAACAAGUACCUCUGGUCCAAGAAGAAAGAUCUCUACUGGCGCAUGCCCAUCGGGUUCGGUCCCUUCCCAGGCCCCCGUCAAGACUUCUACGGCCGGCGUCAGCCAUCCGAGCUCGACCGUACUUUCAAGACUAUCUCUGUCAAGUUUCUCACGUCGCGGACCUUUCUCGAGACGAUUCUCCCAACCGACUCCUUCCGGUUCAAGGAGCCUGGCACCGUCUGCACCGCCUCCCUCUCCGUCACCCAGGUCAACAAUAUGUCGUGGCUUGGUGGUGGCGGCUACAACCACCUGGGCCUCUACAUCCACGGCAUCGAGUAUGUCAAGCACGACGGGAACUCGAUCAACGGCACCCAUCUCGCCGUGCUUUUCGAGUCGCUCGCGGACCCUAUCGUCUCGGGCCGCGAGGAGCUAGGCAUGCCGAAGCUCUUCUGUGACAUCGACGUCGAACACCACGCCACGGCGGCACGCGUGCGCGCGUCGUGGCGGGGCACCAAGUUCGUAGACAUCACGCUCAAGAACCUCCAACCAGACACCCCCGACACAGAGCACGGCAUCAUUGGCGGCGAGGCGGACUUCGGCAUCCUUACCUACCGGUACAUCCCAUCGGUCGGAGAGCCUGGCAAGGCCGACGCCGAGUACGCCUGCGUGGUGCCGCACGAGGAGGAGGCGCGGGAUGUUCCGGCCACGGUGCACGCCGUGUCGAGGUCGUCUGACGUCUUUGUCAAGAUGGAGGGGCACGACUGGGAGAAGCUUCCGACGCUGCACCACGUCGCGAAGUUCCUGGCCGAGAUCCCCAUCUACAAGGUCGCGGGUGCCAAGGUUGUGGAGGGAAAGGGGGUGCCCAACGUGUCGGCGGCGCGAAGGAUAGAGUAACGGGCGCAUGGAUUCAAUUUGGAAAUCUUUAGUAUUGGUUAUGUCAACCUGUCCUCUACGUGUGAGAAACAUUGUAUUGCGUACAUAAUUGGUGUUCAUUGUGGCAUUCGGUGUAAACUUGUUGAACAUUCAGUCCUACUUGAAAUGUAUAUCAACUGUUGCUCGACCCAGCGUGUUUGUUCCCUAAUUCUAGCAUCCCAAGCAAAAUUCAAUGCCUCGGUCCAACGGUUUCGUCUCUGAAUGGCUGUCCACGAAUCUUGAGUGCCAAUAUGAAGUCAGUUGUCUCCCGACCGACUUCGAGACUUGGCCAGUGGAUUACACCAGAAUAUCAACAUAG